AUGGCGACGUGGAUUCUGCCCCACGGCCCAGCGCUGGCCUCGUGCCCCGGCCCAGCGCUCUGCCCGCCCCCGGGCGCCUUGGAGCUGGGGUUCUCGCGGGCGCACAUGGCCCUCCCGGGGCCGCACCCGGGGGGCCACCACUGGCGCGACGGGCCGCUGGGGCCGGUGCCGCUGGGGCACGGCCCGCCCCCGCCGCCGCCGCCGGGGGCCGACGACUCGGCGUGCGGCGGCGGCUCCAACACGCCCGGCAGCCAGGGCGGGCUGUCGCAGUCGGGCGACGUCAAGAACGGCCAGAACAUCGAGUGCGUGGUGUGCGGCGACAAGAGCUCGGGCAAGCACUACGGCCAGUUCACGUGCGAGGGUUGUAAGAGCUUCUUCAAGCGCAGCGUGAGGCGCAACCUGACCUACUCGUGCCGCGGCAACAGAAACUGCCCCAUCGACCAACACCACAGGAACCAGUGCCAGUAUUGCCGCCUCAAGAAGUGCCUCAAGAUGGGCAUGCGGAGAGAGGGCCUCCGCCCGACCGAGGCGUGUGUUGCAGCCGUCCAGCGAGGCCGGGUGCCGCCCUCCCAGCCGCCGGGACUGCCCGGCCAGUUCGCGCUCACCAACGGCGACGCCGCGUCCACGAUGGCGGCCGCCGUGGGGCUGAACGGCCACUCGUACCUCGGCAGCUACAUCUCGCUGCUGCUGCGCGCCGAGCCCUACCCCACGUCGCGCUACGGCCAGUGCAUGCAGCCCAACAACAUCAUGGGCAUCGACAACAUCUGCGAGCUGGCCGCGCGCCUGCUCUUCUCGGCCGUCGAGUGGGCGCGCAACAUCCCCUUCUUCCCCGACCUGCAGGUCACCGACCAGGUGGCGCUGCUGCGGCUCGUGUGGAGCGAGCUGUUCGUGCUGAACGCGUCGCAGUGCUCGAUGCCGCUGCACGUGGCGCCCCUGCUGGCGGCGGCGGGACUCCACGCCUCGCCCAUGGCGGCGGACCGCGUCGUCGCCUUCAUGGACCACAUCCGCAUCUUCCAGGAGCAGGUGGAGAAGCUGAAGGCGCUGCACGUGGACAGCGCCGAGUACAGCUGCCUCAAGGCCAUCGUGCUCUUCACCACCGACGCGUGCGGGCUGUCGGACGUGGCGCACAUCGAGAACCUGCAGGAGAAGUCGCAGUGCGCGCUCGAAGAGUACUGCAGGACGCAGUACCCCAACCAGCCCACGCGCUUCGGCAAGCUGCUGCUGCGGCUGCCCUCGCUGCGCACCGUCAGCUCGCAGGUGAUCGAGCAGCUGUUCUUCGUGCGGCUGGUCGGCAAGACGCCCAUCGAGACGCUGAUCCGCGACAUGCUUCUGAGCGGGAGCAGUUUCAGCUGGCCCUACAUGUCCUCCAUGUGACACAGCGUGUGGAGGCAGCUCGCUUCCGCCUGAACAGCCGUCGUCGUCGUCGUGUGAGCAGGACGGACACGGAGCCCGCGGAGAUCCGCGCGCGCGGUCGACCUCACCAAAAGCUCCCUGGUGCUCCCCGGGUGUCGAGGUAGUGCCACGUACCCGCGACGGGAGUUGACUUCGUUCGGUACCUGAUCGGCAUUCCUUCCGUCGGAACGCCCUGCGCUCCAACCGCGGUUACAAACUAUCAUUUUUUUUUUUCUCUCUCUCUCUCUCUUAAAUUACGUACUUACGAUAGGUAGAGACCCGGAAAUAAUUCGCGGGUUCAUUUCGCGAUAGGCUGAAAUUCUGCUGGUUCUGCUAUUUGGCUCGCGGUUUAACUGGAGCUCUCUGGGCCAGUGAGAGACUAUCGACCAAUGAAGCGUCGAAUCACAAGCUACCCAGUGGAGACGACUCACAAUUUAGUACCCAAUGAACACGCGUGUUUACUUGAGAAGUGCAGAGGAGGCUACCCUAGAGGUCAUUGAAUCCGCGAAUUUUUCCGGUCCCUAACGAUAGGGUAUUAUUUAGGACGCAUGGCGAGCGGGCCCAUGUCAGUUUGAGCCACGACGAAGAAAUGUAGCAAGUUAGUGUUGGACGUCAGCGAUAACACCUGCAUAACUUGUUCAGUUCGUAGUCAGGGAAAAAACGUUUAUUAGCCAAAAAAUUUUCUUUGGAAACAAAAAAAAAAGUGUGUAAGCACGGUGCCCCUAUAGAUCUCUUGAAUAACAAAAAUAUAAUGUUAUCCUUCUAGGAACUUAAUUAUUUAUCUGUGAAGGGCACAAGUAAUGAUUUGGAGUGAAUCCCUCAUAUUAUUGUUACUGUUGUGCACAACGUGAGCUACUCAUCGGCAAUACUAUGUUUGUUUGUGCAGACAGCCAUCGCAAAUAACUAUUUUUAUAUGAAUUAAUUCCUGAUGAGUGUUGAUGCGGAUACAGACAGAAUCGCUAACGGUGAGCCUGUUUCUUAGCUGAUAGAAAUCAAGACCCAAAAUAAAGAUUUUUAACGUGCCGAAGAUUUUUUUUCCUCUCUUUCCUGCAAAUUUUCUAUCGAGAACUGCAAUUUUUUUUUUCAUCAUUAAGUGCACACGCCAUGGCCAGAAAUUUUGGUGAGGUCGAAGUGCUAGCAUCUCUUAUCGGCGUCAAACACUUCCAAAUUAAAGGAAAGGUACUCUACAGACGUGUGGCGAUACUGUGAAACUUUAUAUCUUCGAUAAUCCCGUCGUCCGCUGGAUUACUGCAAAGCAAAAUUUGAACGAACUUGAUCGACAGACAAGAACCUUAAACAGUGCCAUUAUCAUUAAAGGGUAAGCCGCAUAACUGGAUGUAGUGAAUCAUGAACAAUUUAUAUGUUAAAGGUCUGUUUGCGCAACAUGGCUUGUUCACAUGCAUAUGUCAGAUCCAAAUAAUAUAUAUAAUUUUUUUGCAAAAAAGAUUGAAAUGUGAUAUAUCCCGGUAAACGGUGACUAUACUUAAUAAUCCACUUAGUUUUAAUAUGUAAACAAAACAACACUUUUGUAAAGUUUAUGAAGCGUGUACAUAGUGUUUGUAAUAUUAUCAACAGAGUAAAUAAAAGCGGUUUGUUCUUAAAAACGAAAAUUGUAAAAAAAUACAAAAAACAGGUAAGUGUUGAUCUAUUGUGAAAGUGGUACUUAUCAUACAAGUGAAAUAACGGUUAGUUACUUUGGGAGACCUUGUCCUCUCUUCAAGAAACUAUCAGGCGAAACACACACAAGUUUAUCUAUUGUAGAAGUUAUCCAUGUUCAUUUAUUAUUUUACUGUCAUUCAGUGUGACUGUCAUUUCAGUAAAACAUACAUACAGGGAAGAAAAUUUACGAUAGUUAAUAUUAUUUUAUCUGGUUUUUAUCUAUGAUAUAUGUAUAUUGGCAAACGUCAAAACCUGUGACUCCCUCGCUGUGUUGUGGGUUUUUGUUAGUUGUGUUUGAUAUUAAUUUCGGUUAUAUUGGGAUGAGACAGUUUCAUUUUUUUUUUUUUAAUUUUUGUACAAUUAAAUCCUGGUGGUAAAACUAUAGCACAAAUUUAAAACAAAUUUAAUAAACUGUAAUAAAGUGCUUGUUAAAUUCUUAAAAGAAAUAGAUUGUGAAUUUUUUGUGUUCAAAUGCAACGAAAAAAAUUUAUUAACUGAUGACGGUAACCCAAUUUCACUUCGGCAUCACCGUUGAUGAGGCACACAAAAUGAAGCUAAUGCACUUACCUCGAUGCUAAUUAAAAAAGUGAAUAGAUACAACUUAAUACAUACAGUGCAGUCCAGGUAAUCUUGACACUUUAAUAUUCUUUCUAAAUGUAUUUCAGUCAAGGAUGCAUUAAAACCUGAAACUUGUUGUCCUAUUGUGUUGAAUUCUGUGCAGUUUAUUUUUUUUUUGUGUGGGAACGGCUGCAGUAGCGGAUUAAAAAAAAACUCAGAUGAGCUGGAAUGCACUAUGUAUAGAAAAUAAUAUUGUUGUUUUGCAAAAUUCAUUAAGUGGUACGCUCUGAAGCAGACUUAGGCUGGCUGGCACAGUCGUGACUUAGGGGAAGUAAGCAUUUCUUAAUUUGAUUAACCUGCAAAGUUUUUGCUUGGAUAUAAUUUACUUGAAUUUGAAAGCUGUUAUUAGUGACUUGGAUCAGAUAAAUACACACAAAUGCACGUUUAGGUAAGACGGUAAAAGAGCUUAUCGGUGUUAUUCAUCAAAUAAUUGGGAUGCCCUUUCAAAAAAUGGUUUUAAAGUAACUUUUACACCCAGCACAUUCAUAAAAACACAGUUGCUUUGUAGCUAUUAGCCUAUGCAUGUUUCGGUUGAAAGAGGGCAAAAUAAAGCGAGCGGGAAAACUUGAAGAACUUACGGCUCCACAGAAAUGUAAAUCUUCGUGGGAUUUUUUUUUUUAAAUCUUAGAAACAUACAAAUUACAAAACAGUGAUCUUCUACAGACAAGCUAAAGAAUGUAACUAUCGAAUAUUGAAUGAGGUAACAGAAAGUAAAAUUUUCUCUCAGAAAUAAUGAACUGCCAGAUAUUGUGUUUUAUUUAUGAUAAAAAAAAGAACAAAACAUUUUUUUCUUCAAUCACGAGAAGUUUAUUGCACGUAAAUUAGGAAAACUGACAUAAGCCUUGAAAAUAAAUUUAAAAUAAAUUCAAUCAUGCCAAAACUUGCUUGUAAAAUAUUUUGAAACAGCAUUCGUAGAAGUUUAUUUUUUAUUAAAUAAUAUAACAAGUUUUUCGUUCUAAAGAAUUUUUUUUUAUGAGAAAAUGUAAGCUUACAGAACUUGAAGCCUGUGUAAACCCGAGUAUUUUCCUAUAAAAUGGAUCUUAUGUAUAGAACUUUUGCCCACAGUAAAAAAACUUAAAGUAGCUUAUCUAUAGAACGUGUGUCCACAGUAAUACUACGUUUACAAAAAUAAUUUUUGGAAAGUAUUUUUUUAAAAAGUUACCUUACUAAUGUUUUUUGUAGUUGAAAAAACAAGUUUUCAACGACAGGCAAGUUUCACACUGGCAUAGGCUUCAAACUUACAAAUUGGCUUAUUAUUAAAAUUCUAAAAUUUUUGGCAUGUGUAAUAACAAAAAGUGAGCCAUUGUUUGAAUAUUUUAAGUAAAUGUUUUACGCCACGUCUUGAUGGACUUUUUAUAGUGUUACAGUUAAUAAUAAAAUACCCUCCAGAUUUAUACAAAAAAACACGAAACACGUCUGCAAACUUAUUUGCGACUUGUAAAUUAUUUGUUUUGUUGCAGUAAAAUUCAAGUUUAUGUUUGGAAAAAAUAUAUAUAUUAUAGGGGUGUAGGCUAUGAAAGACAAGGCCGAAUGCACUGCACAAGUAUAUUUAAAUCUGAAUUAACAAAUUUGCAAUUUAAUCGGUAGUGUUGUCAAGAUGAAGAGAUUUGAAGAAGUUACAUCGAAAAAGAGCUACCUUCUUUCACACUUAUAUUCAGAAACACACAAAAAAUAAAAUACAGGUUUAGUUUGGUUUGGAAAAUAUUAUUUUAGUUCAUAACAAUGUUUAAAUUGUUAACUACGUUUAAAUUGUUGUAAACAUUUAGAUGAUUUUUGUUUUCGACUGAAACGUCAUAAAUGAAAAUACUACUGACCUAAAUUAGUGAUUCUGGCAAAUAAUACCGUAACUUGCAGGUAGUCUACCAGUGAUAUUUCAAUAGUUUGUUUCUAAAACACGAUAAAAAAAAAAGCAACCCAUUAACUUUAAUUUUAUACAGUCCGAAUGUAAGAGCUUUGUGAAGUAAACAAACUUAAGUCUGAUGUGUGCAAGUCUAGUUGUUUUGCCUUGCACGGGUGCUAGUAUAUGUGGGCUUUAUUCAUAUAUCGUUUCCCUGGCAAUAUCUGGCAUGGUUUGACUUUAGCAAUGCGACCGUGACAGGACAAAACAACGCCCAUAACCAGCAACCGGAAGAAAAAAAAAUGGUUUGGCGAUACCGUAGCUUUCAUAAUCACCCCGACUGUGCCAGAAGUCAUGACAGAAUGCGUACUAUCACGAGUAACUUCUUCCAAACAACGAUGUCGUUCUGUUUAUUUUUACAAAUGUUUCAGUUAAGUUUUCUUUGUGAUAUUCUCCUUUACGACCAAGUUUAAUCUUUUCCUUCUUCCAUCCAUUUUGAUAAAAAAAAAUUCACGUAAAUAUGUAUCUAUACAUAACUUUCUUGCAAAAAUAAUGACAUAAUAUUUCUUAACUCCGUCGCAAUGAAAAUGUAAUCAAUAUUUUUUUUUUAGUAAAACAGUCGGUGACAUUUAAUAAGCAGGUUCCUGUCACUGUUCACACAGAGUCUAUAAAUGCUGCUACAGAGUGUACCACGAUAUGUGUAACUUAUCAGCAGUGCCAACUAAACUGGUUUCUAAAACACGCUGUGAUGGCUCGUCAUUUGUCUUUGACACAACAGUGAAACCGACAAGGAAACUUAAGUUGCCAUAGUUUUAAAACACCCGUUGAAAGAGAGUAUGGUGUGGAAUGAAAGUUUUUUUUUGUUGUUUUGUACUACUCAUGAACGAAGUAUAAAAGACAUUGCUAGGUGAUACUCAGAUGAUACCUGUAGAUACUUUUAGAUCGAAAAAAAAGAGAACAAUAAAUGUUACUGUCAGUGUUUUCUUAAACUGUCUUUUAUUUCAUGAAGUCCAGAUAUCCUUAAUCGUUACUAGUUACAGACAUGGUUUUAAUUUUUGAAGUAAAC